UCCUCAACUUUGUGCUUCUCUGUGCUCUUGCGAGCUCUGAGCUUGUCGUUCCAAUGGCGACCCUCGUGGCCACCAUGGUGGUCGGACCACUGCUAUCCAUUGUGAAGGACAAGGCGUCUAGCUACCUCCUCGACCAGUAUAAGGUGAUGAAAGGCAUGGAAGAGCAACAUGAGAUCCUGAAGCGCAAAUUGCCUGCCAUCCUGGAUAUCAUCACCGAUGCUGAGCAGGCAGCAACCCACAGAGAAGGCGUAGCAGCCUGGCUCGAGGCCAUCAAGAACGUGGCUUACCAGGCGAAUGAAGUUUUUGACGAGUUCAAGUAUGAGGCGCUCCGUCGUCAAGCAAAAAAGAAGGGGCACUACAAGGAGCUUGGCUUUGAUGUGGUAAAACUCUUUCCCACACACAACCGUUUCAUAUUCCGUAAUAGAAUGGGAAGAAAGCUCCGCAAGAUUGUGCAGGCCAUUGAGGUCCUUGUGUCCGAAAUGAAUGCCUUUGGCUUUAAGUAUCAGCAACAACCGCCGGUAUCCAGUCAGUUACGGCGGACAGGUCCUGCUAUCAUUGAUCCAAAGGAAAUCAAGGAAAUCAUCAGCAAAUCCAGAGCCAAUGAUAAGGGUGCAAUUGUUAGUAGACUAGUUGGGCAAGCUAAUAAUGAAGAUCUCACAGUUGUUCCCAUCGUUGGAAUGGGGGGUCUCGGCAAGACCACGCUAGCACAACUUGUUUACAAGGAACCUACAAUUCAAGAGCAUUUUGGUUUGUUUAUAUGGGUGUGUGUCUCUGAAUGCUUUGAUGUGGAUUCUCUGGCUAAAAGUAUAGUUGAAGCAGCUCUUAGGAAGAAGGAUGAUGGUACAGAAGCAACUCCCAGGCAGAAGAAUGAUGGUACAGAAGCAGUUUCUGAGAAGAUACCACUUGAUACCCUUCAGAAUGUUGUGAGCGGGCAAAGGUACCUCCUUGUAUUGGAUGAUGUCUGGGAACGACAAGUUCAUAUUUGGGAUGAGCUCAAGGCCUGCCUUCAACAUGGUGGCAGGGGUAGUGUGGUUUUAACAACAACUCGUGAUAAAGGAGUGGCUAAAAAAAUGGGUCGUGAUGUUGAAGCCUAUAAUCUCCAACCUUUGGGAGAUCAAUUCAUAAAGGAAAUCAUUGAGACAAGAGCAUUUAGCUAUUUACACAGGGAAGAGGAAAGGCCUGACAAGUUGGUAAAUAUGGUUGAUGAGAUUGUGAAGAGAUGUGUUGGUUCUCCUUUAGCUGCAACAGCACUUGGCUCUGUACUACGUAACAAAACCAGUGAGGAAGAAUGGAAAGCUAUAUCAACCACAAGAAGCAUUUGCACCGAGGAGACUGGAAUUUUACCAAUACUCAAGCUCAGUUACAAUGACUUGCCAUCACAAAUGAAGCAAUGCUUUGUUUUUUGUGCUGUAUUUCCCAAAGAUUACGAGAUUGAUAUGAACAAGUUGAUCCAACUAUGGAUUGCACAUGGAUUCAUCCAGGAAAAGCAAGCUCAUCUUGAAACCAUUGGCAAACUGAUUUUCGAUGAGCUAGCAUCAAGGUCAUUCUUUCAGGAUGUGGAACUAGGCCAAGCCACGAAACCCUCAACAACAAAAAAAGUUCAUGCCACAAGUAGUCAGGACUUCGUGUUGUGUUACUCUAGAACAGCAUGUAAAAUCCAUGAUCUUAUGCAUGAUGUUGCACUUUCGGUAAUGGAAAAGGAAUGUGCCUUGGCAACCGAGGAACUAGGCAAGAUUGAAUCUGUUGUCGCAACUGAGGAACCAAGUCAGAGUGAGUGGCUUCCAAACACAGCUCGGCAUUUAUUUUUGUCAUGCAAGGACCCAGGAAAAAAAUUGAAUUGUUCUCUGGAGAACAGCUUUCCAGCCAUCCAAACACUUUUGUGUGAUAGCUAUAUGAGUAGUUCACUGCAACAUCUAUCAAAAUACACCUCUUUGCAAGCAUUACAACUCUGUUCACAUAGAAGAUCAUUUCCGCUGAAACCAAAACAUCUACAUCACCUGAGGUACCUAGAUCUCUCAAGAAGUCAUAUCGAAGCACUUCCUGAAGAUAUCAACAUUCUAUACAACCUUCAGACACUCAACCUCUCUGGUUGCACAUCUCUUUGUGAACUUCCGAGGCAAAUGAAGUAUAUGACUGCCCUGCGUCACCUUUACACUCAUGGUUGUCCAGAGCUGAAGAGCAUGCCAAGAGACCUCAGAAUGCUCACAUCCCUACAAACACUUACAUGCUUUGUAGUAGGUAGUGGCUCUAGUUGCAGUAAUGUGGGAGAGCUUGGAAAUUUAAACCUUGGUGGUCAACUAGAGCUGCGUAAUCUGGCAAACGUGACAGAAGUGGAUGCAAAAGCAGCAAACCUCGUGAAUAAGGAGCUAAGAAAACUGACAUUAACAUGGACUAGCUGGCGGGAUAAUGAAGAGGACACAAGAGUGCUCGAGAAUCUCAAACCUCAUGAUGGACUAGAUGCCAUAAGGAUACACUCAUCUGGAGCCACCACCUUCCCGACAUGGAUGACUAUGUUGCAAAACUUUGUUGAAAUCAAUCUUUUCAGCUGUAGAAAACUAGUAUGGUUGUUCAGCGGUAGGUGUGAUAGAUCGUUUAAAUUUCCAAAUCUGAAGAAGCUUAAGCUAGUAAGUAUGCCUUGUUUGGAGAGAUGGUGGGAAAGAGAUAAUGAUGGGAUGCAAGAGAAGAGAAUGUUUCCUCUGCUUGAGAAGUUGUGUAUUAUUGGCUGUAUAAAGUUGAAAGCAUUUCCAGGACAUCCGACCUUCCCUAACCUACAGAAUGUUUGUAUUGUGGGAUGCCCAGAAUUGACAACUACAGUUUUUUCCCCAAAGCUCGGUGAAUUAAACGUGGAAGGACGUGAGGGAGAGUUGUUCUUAUGGGUAGCUAGACAUAUGGCUUCACUGGAAAAUCUGGAACUGCAUAGCCUUGAAGAAAAUACAGAAACAACCUUGGCGGCGGCUGAGAUUGGUUUGAGUGAAGUGGUGAACAGAAAGAAAAAUGGGAAUGAUCAUGAUUUCUUUCCAUUGGCAGUGUUAGUGUUAAGAAACUUGAAGUCAGGUGUAGCAGAGCUUUGUGCAUGUUUUGUACACCUUCAAGAUUUGUGGAUUUCUAGCUGUGCUGCACUCGUCCACUGGCCAGAAAAAGAGUUCCAAGGAUUGGUAUCCUUGAGGAGGCUUGGGAUUCAGGAAUGCGAUAAUUUGACUGGAUAUGCACAAGCUUCUGCUGACCCAUCAACAUCAUCAGAAACCAGUCAGCUCCUGCCACAUCUAGAGUCUCUGGCGAUAGGUAGUUGUGAAAAGUUGGUUGAGCUCUUCAACGUCCCUGCAUCUCUCAGGACAAUGGAUAUUUAUAAUUGCAGCAAGCUUGAGUCCACAUCCGGCAGGAAGCUGCAGCAAGGACAGUCAGUAUCAUCGAUUCAUCAAGGGUCAUCCAGUAUAGAAGCAUUAUCAUUAUACCUCUGUGAUGGCUUAACAGGGGUCCUCUAUUUUCCCCCAUCCCUCAAGAGAAUAAGCAUUUGUCACUGUGGUGGGCUGACAUCUCUGGAAUCCUGCUCUCCCGUUGUCCAAUCCUUGGAGUACCUCCAGCUUGUGUACUGCAAUUCCCUGUCAUCGCUGCCAGAUGUUCCGCAAGCAUACUCAUAUCUCCAACGUCUUACCAUUAAAGACUGCCAUGGUAUAAAAACGCUCCCUGCAAGUCUGCAGCAACGGCUGGGCAGCCUCCAGGUGGAAAGGAUAGAUGCACAUUAUUAUGGAAAUAAGCCUAUGCUGCUGAAGCCGAAGACAUGGAAAUAUGUCUGCAAAGGUUGAACUACUGUUCCCAAAGAAUUGGAAGAGAUGCUGUCUGCAAAGGUUGGUGACACUGACCGUACCCCUCAGAUAUAUUUUGAGGAAAAAAAAUACAUGCCCCAUCACUAUAUGAUUUUCCUCUGGCAGUUUUCGAGUUAAGACAAUUUAAGUUAGUUGUAAGUGUAACAGAGUUGUGUGCAUGCUUUGUACACCUUCAAGAUUUGUCAAUUGUGAGGUGCCAUGCGCUCGUCUAUUGGCCAGAAACAUUGUUCGAAGGAUUGGUAUCGUUGAGGAGGCUUUUGAUUCAGGACUGCAAUAAUCUGAUUGGAUAUGCACAGCCAUCAACAUAAUCAGAAACCAGCCAGCUCCUGCCACGUCUAGAGUCUCUGACGAUAUGGUAUUGUGAAAACUUGGUUCAGCUCUUCAACAUCCCUGCAUCUCUCAGGACCAUGCACACUGCUGUCUAUCAUCCCAGAAAGAGAUCCUGUUUGACUAAAUAGAACUUGUAAUUUUGCGCUUUUGUUUACCUAUGAGCUGUUAUUAUCAUUGUGCUAUUUCUUUUUCAGCUGGCACGGGGGCAUUCUAUCUUGGCAGAGUUAGUGUUUAUGGGGUCAAAACUCUGUCAGUAUUUCCUUUGGGUGCCAUGCCCAAAAGAGGUUACUUAUUAACUCGGUUUGGGGUAUAUGCCUAUCUGCCAGUUUCUGUAUUUUUUUCCUCGGAUGCAGAUCCGUCAGUCUCUCUAUGAUUAUGUAUA